GUGGAAGGCCUGGCUCUCCUGGACCUGGGAGUAUCGCCAUAUGCAGGGGAUGUGUUCCAUGAGGUCAGUCCUCUCUCCAUUCCAUUCAACUAGUAACAUUGUAUCACAACAAUGUGUUGCUUCAUAAAUUAAUACAUUCACAAAGUGUUAUAAUCACGAUGUCAUCUUUUCUCUUUCAGACUCCCCUCAUUAUAUACUUAUUUCACUUUGUUAUUGAUUAUGCAGAGAUUGUGUUUAUGGUGAGUGCAACCUUUAAUAUACUUAUUCAGUAAUAACACUGUCUAUUAUGUCACUAUACAGUUUGAUACCUGUAUCAAAUUGAGAGUCCAGUGUAAUUUGACUGCUAGUUUUGCUUAUAGACAAUUAGCUUUAACAUACAUGGAUGCUACAGAGAAACCAUAAUUUGAGUUUGAUUCCCAAAGGUAAAAUCCAUCCAUACAUCCAUCAAUUGUUAUAUCAUCUUUGCCUCUCAACCUGCCCCAUAGAUAGCAGAUGCACUCACUGCGGUGGCGCUAUACCUAGCAGUGAAGGGCUACAACAAAACUGUGGUAAGUGACAAAUAAUGCCAAAAUAAAUAUAAUGCAGAUCAUGAUGAUAUACUGUGUCAUGGGAUAUCAUGCAUGACCUAAAAAUAUGCAUCAAGAUGCCUUGGGAUUGGGUGUUAGACAUUUUACAUUUCACUUGCAUUAUGGGUACAGGAACAACAAGCCUUGAUCUGUGACCUAAUAUAUACUCCAUACUGCUUACUACAAGUAUUUACUGUGCCUAUUUGCUACAUAUAAAUAAUAUGCCAUUUAGCAGACGCUUUUAUCUAAAGCGAUUUACAGUCAUGUGUGCAUACAUUUUUAUGUAUGGGUGGUCCCGGGGAUGAAACCCACUACCCUGGCGUUACAAGCACCGUGCUCUACCAGCUGAGCUACAGAGGACCACAUAGGCCUACUAUUUUAGAACAUAGGCUAAAUGUUUAGCUGCCCCUGUAUCUGGUUGUCAGCUGUUGUGACAAACACAGGAGUCUGAAAAGUCGAGUCACUUCCUCAAGUGUGCAGUGAAUUCAAACUACAGGAAAAGCUGAAAUGAGUAUCACAUCCUGGCUAUAUUUUAUAUAGUCUUCUACUACAAAACAUUUUAUUUUCACAUAUCCAACAAGCUUACUAAAAUAGGACGUGGCAGGAGAAUUCCGUCACAGCCAUUGUCUAGUGUUAACACAAUAGUUGGUGUGUCGUCUUUCUGCUGUUUCAAGAUGCCCUGGGAUUGGGUGUUCGAGAGCAUCAAAUCAGUGAUGCAUUUUGGGUAAAUGGUGACUCACUGACUGAUCUACAAAUAAUAGUGAGUAGUUAUUUAUGAUGCAAGGAUAUUUGUAGAUCAGUCAGUUGGCAGUCAACUGCAAUGUUGAAGAAUCCCAGAGACUUUUGACUUUGCUGUUGCAUUAUGGGUUCAGGAACAACACAGACUUGGUAUAGUGGCACAGCUAGUGUGGUGUGUGUUUCUGCUCCAGUUCAGGAAACAGAAGUACACCCUGGAGGCUGAACGCUAUCCUCUGGACUGCCUGGAGCUCAUCCACACCCCCAAAGAGAUGUACUACAUCCCUCUGAAAGUGGCCAUGUUGUAAGUACCAGAGAAGGCACAGAUCUAGGAUCAGCUUACUUUCCCCAGUCCUAACAUUAACCAUUAGAGGGUAAAACACAAAACUGACUCUAGAUCAGAAUCCAGGGUUAACUUCACCCUACUCCACCUGGCUCAAACUGGUCAGCUUAAAGAACAGCAAUGUCAACAUUCAGAGAUGCACAGCAACACAAUUACUCCUUGAAACCUAUGGGUGUCUGCCAGUUUUGGUAAAUAAAGUAUUUACAACCUAAUGAUGACCUUGUGUUUUUGCUCUCUCUCCCUGCAGUUACUUGUUGAACCCUUUCACUAUCCUCUCCUGUGUGGCAAAGUCAACCUGCGGGCUUAACAAUGCAGUCAUCGCACUCUUCAUUCUCUGUACAGUAAAAGGUAUGUGAACCGCAACAAAUGACAAAAUAAAAACUAUUUUGGUGUGACCCAAACCAUGUAUUUGCUUGUCAUGUCAAUAACGUAAUUCUUCUCUGAUAUUGAAGGAAGUGCCUUGAUGAGUGCGAUAUUCUUGGCCUUGGCGACAUACCAGUCAAUCUACCCCCUCACACUAUUUGCCCCAGCACUGCUAUACCUACUACAGGUACGUUCGUAUCACUCAGCUGAAAGACUCACGUUGGCCUCACUUUUCACAAGGUUUCCAUCCAAUUUGCGACAGAGACCAGUGGUCCCCAGGAGAACGCUACCUGCCCGAAUACAUAGUGCCAACUGUAAAGUUUGGUGGAGGAGGAAUAAUGGUCUGGGGCUGUUUUUCUUGGAUCGGGCUAGGCCCCUUAGUUCCAGUGAAGGGAAAUCUUAACGCUACAGCAUACAAUGACAUUCUAGACGAUUCUGUGCUUCCAAUUUUGUGGCAACAGUUUGGGGAAGGCCCUUUCCUGAUUCAGUAUGACAAUGCCCCUGUGCACAAAGCGAGGUCCAUACAGAAAUGGUUUGUCGAGAUCGGUGUGGAAGAACUUGACUGGCCUGCACAGAGCCCUGACCUCAACCCCAUCAAACCCCUUUGAGAUGAAUUGGAACGCUGACUGCGAGUCAGGCCUAAUUGCCCAACAUCAGUCCCCGACCUCACUAAUGCUCUUGUGGCUGAAUGGAAGCAAGUCCCUGCAGCAAUGUUCCAACAUCUAGUGGGACGCCUCCCCAGAAGAGUGGAGGCUGUUAUAGCAGCAAAGGGGGGACCAACUCCAUAUUAAUGAUGAUUUUGGAAUGAGAUGUUCGACGAGCAGGUGUCCACAUACCUUUGGUCAUGUAGUGUAGCAUCCCGUGACUGAAAAUUGACCUCAACAUAAUGGUUAUUCUUUGCCUGACGACUCAAACUGAAUUCUACAAACUUCAGUCUGAGACUGCCAUCGUUGAAGUUGAUUGUGGUGACGUCAAAAUUAGGGGUGUUGUACAAAACAAAUUCAUCAGCGAUUGGAUAAUCUCUAACCAAUCAGAGAAUGAAAGCCAAUGACGCAUUUUCAGAACACUGCUUUACUUACGUGUGUUUUGGCUAUGGCCCAACCCAUCGGUUUCUGGGACCAAUCAGACCAGUUAGAAUGUGUUUGCGUACUCUGAUCCAGACUCAUUGCGGAGAAGAAACUAAUGUCCGUGGGCGUGGCAUACUGUUUGGCCAGAGCAAGGAGUUUGGGUAGCCAGGAAAGGUUAUUCUAUCAACAAUUGUCCAAUAAAUAGUUUCCAUUUUACCGACACAAAAAUAACAAAUUCUGCCGACAUUUUUUUUUUUAUACAGUAUGACUUUACUCGCAUAAAGACUGUAGAUCGAAACGUGGUUAGUGAUAUGUGGCCCAUCUCUAUAGUCCAAAGUGGCUUCCUCCCCUUGUCGCCUUUCCUUUAUAUGCACAGACAUGAAAACUGGGCAGGUGAAAGUUAAGUCCUGGUUGGUAGGCAUCCACAAUAUGUGUUCUAGCUUAUGCCUUCAGUUCAAUGCAGUUGAAGGAGUCACAGAGUGGAGAGGAGGCCAAGUUGGAUUAUUGAGAUGCACCCCUGGUGAACAUACAAAAUUCUGUCCUCUCCUUGCCCUGUCUACUUCAUUGUACUGAUCUGUAAGAACUGAACAGGUGACAGGCAGCCUAAUGAUGAGCUUCCACCUUUCAAGUCUUUUCCACAUCAGUGCAAAUUAAGGAGACCAGGAGUCAACAGUAUGUUUCAAGCAUCUCAGAAUAGCAGCACAGAUCUAGGAUCAGGUUUUCAGUGUCCAUGUAACCUUAAUCAUUUUGAUCUAAAUAAAGCCCUCCUACUCUGAGACGCUUGAUACAUUCUGCCCGCGAUUUUUAAGCAUUUAAAACACUAAUUCUCUCCCUGGUGUUUCUAUCUUGCCCACAGAGAUUGUACAUCCCAGUGAACUGGCAAAGAUCCAGCUUCUGGCUCUUCACAAUGCAGUAUGCCUUCAUGUACCUGGGCAGCCUGUGGGUCAUGGUCUGUUUGUCCUUCUUCCUGCUCAGCUCCUGGGACUUCCUGUCUUCCGUCUACGGAUUCAUGUGAGUGACACCAGUGUUGGGGUCAUUCCAUUUCAGCAAUAUACUUAAUUUUAAUGGGAUUGAGCCCAACCCUGAUGGACACAUAAACUAAGGGAGUUUUUUUCAGCUUGAUGUUGUAGACCUUAGCAUACAAUGAAUGAAUUUGUUAUGAAUUUUUAUUUUAUUUAACCUUAAUUUAACUAGGCAAGUCAGUUAAGAAAAAUGUGUUAUUUACAAUGAUAGCCUAUCCCGGCGACGCUGGUCCAAUUGUGUGCCGCCCUAUGGGAUUCCCAAUCAUGGCCGGUUGUGAUACAGCCUGGGAUUGAACCAGGGUCUGUAGUGGCGCCUCUAGCACUGAGAUGCAUUGCCUUAGACCGCUGCGCCACAUGGAAUAGGAUAGAGAGAACCUUCGCCCGCUAUCAAAAAUCUCAUGAAUAAAGUUCGUCUUUCUUAAUUUGGGAUGGCAUUUAGGCCUAGCAGACAUAUUUACAUAUUUGGAAGAUGAGAGACCGCUAUGCGACAGAAUGUGUUAUGAAAGGACCUUUAUGCUUUCCCCUCUGACUGUGUGAAUGCUGUUCUCUGUACCACCCCCCCCCUCCCCCCCCAGCCUCUGCGUUCCAGACCUCACCCCCAACAUAGGCCUCUUCUGGUACUUCUUUGCCGAGAUGUUUGAGCACUUCCGCCUCUUCUUCAUCUGCGUCUUUCAGAUCAACGUGUUCUUCUACACCAUUCCACUCUCCAUCAAGCUAAAGUGAGUCCCUCUUCUCUUUAACUCACAGUAUAGUGAGACUAGGGGUGUCGUUUUCGUGGUGAAAAAGAGCACAGAUCUGUGGAGAGAAAAUACAGUAAAUCUCAUUAUCUGGCAGCCUGAUGUCAUUUAAAAUAUUUCAACAAUGUAUGUUGUAAGGAGGUGACUAUACAUUGCUCAGUUCAAUAAACUAGUUGAAUAAUUGCCUCCUUAUAAUGCAUAUUGUUGAAGAAAAGUUUCAAAUUAAAUCACGUGGCCCAAUUGCAAUUUUUUUUGCACAGAUGAAAAUGUCACCCAAGUGCUUCGUCUCUUUUCUAUGAAGUGGAUAUUAUACUACCACCUUGUGGUAAUAGGCAGGUUAAUGAAUGAGUAACUACAAUGUUGAUGAUACCCGUUAUGGUAUUUAGAAUUAAACCUGAUUUUGGUCAUUGCAAUUAUGUCAAAUGUAUGUACAGUGUCAGUCAACAUUUUUGGACACACCUACUCAUUCAAGGGUUUUUCUUUAUUUUUACUAUUUUCUACAUUGUAGAAGAAUAGUGAAGACAUCAAAACUAUGAAAUAACACAUAUGGAAUCAUGUAGUAACCAAGAAAGUGUUAAACAAAUCUAAAUAUAUUUUAUAUUUGAGGUUCUUCAAAGUAGCCACCCUUUGCCUUGAUGACAGCUUUGCACACUAUUGGCAAGUGUGCCUUGUUAAAAGUUAAUUUGUGGAAUUUCUUUCCUCCUUAAUGCGUUUGAGCCAAUAAAUUGUGUUGUGACAAGGUAGGGGGGGGGUAUACAGAAGAUAGCCCUAUUUGGUAAAAGACCAAGUCCAUACUAUGGCAAGAACAACUCAAAUAAUCAAAGCGAAAUGGCAGUCCAUCAUUACUUUAAGACAUGAAGGUCAGUCAUUCCGGAAAAUGUGAAGAACCUCACGAGAGCCCGUUCCAUCAACAGUUCCAUUAAGCGCUAUGAUGAAACUGGCUCUCAUGAGCACCGCCACAGGAAAGGAAGACCCAGAGUUACCUCUGCUGCAGAGGAUAAGUUCAUUAGAGUUACCAGCCUCAGAAAUUGCAGCAAAAAUAAAUGCUUCACAGAAUUCAAGUAACAGACACAUCUCAACAUCAACUGUUCAGAGGAGACUGCGUGAAUCAGGCCUUCAUGGUCAAAUUGCUGCAAAGAAAAAACUACUAAAGGACACCAAUAAGAAGAAGAGACUUGCUUUGUCCAAGAAACACGAGCGAUGGACAUUAGACCGGUGGAAAUGUGUCCUUUGGUCUGGAGUCCAAAUUUGAGAUUUUUGGUUCCAAACGCUGUGUCUUUGUGAGACGCAGUGUAGGUGAGUGGAUGAUCUCUGCAUGUGUAGUUCCCACCUUGAAGCAUGGAGGAGGAGGUGUGAUAUGUGGGACUGCUUUGGUGGUGACACUGUCUGUGAUUUAUUUAGAAUUCAAGGCACACUUAACCAGCAUGGCUACCCCAGUAUUCUGCAGUGAUACGCCAUCCCAUCUGGUUUGGGCUUAGUGGGACUAUCAUUUGUUUUUCAACAGGACAAUGACCCAACACACCUCCUGGCUGUGUAAGGGCGAUUUGACCAAGAAGGAGAGUGAUGGAAUUCUGCAUCAGAUGACCUGGCCUCCACAAUCCCCCGACCUCAACCCAAUUGAGAUGGUUUGGGAUGAGUUGGACCGCAGAGUGAAGGAAAAGCAGCCAACAAGUGCUCAGCAUAUGUGGUAACUCCUUCAAGACUGUUGGAAAAGCAUUCCAGGUGAAUCUGGUUGAGAGAAUGCCAAAAGUGUGCAAAGCUGUCAUCAAGGCAAAGGGUGGCUAUUUGAAGAAUCUCAAAUCUCAAAUAUAUUAUACUACAUGAUUCCAUAUGUGUUAUGUCAUAGUUUUGAUGUCUUCACAAUUAUUCUACGAUGUAGAAAAUAGUUAAAAUAAAGAAACACCCUUGAAUGAGUAGGUGUGUCCAAACUUUUGACUGGUACUGUAUUUGUUUGUAAACAAACAGUUUGUUAUUUGAGAUAACACCGCCCCACAGUCUACAAUGCUAGCACAGACUAGAAUAUGUUCUGGGAUUCUUCCGAUGGCAUUGAGGAGUACACCACAUGAGUCACUGGCUUCAUCAAUAAGUGCAUCGAUGACGUCGUCCCCACAGUGACCGUAUGUUCAUACCCCAACCAGAAGCCAUGGAUUACAGGCAAUAUCUGCACUGAGCUAAAGGGUACAGCUGCCACUUUCAAGGAGCGGGACUCUAACCCGGACGCUUAUAAGAAAUCCCGCUAUGCCCUCCGACGAACCAUCAAACAGGCAAAGAGUCAAUACAGGACUAAGAUUGAAUCGUACUACACCUGCUCCGACGCUCGUCGGAUGUGGCAGGGCUUGCAAACUAUUACAGACUACAAAGGGAAGCACAGCCGCGAGCUGCCCAGUGACACGAGCCUACCAGACGAGCUAAAUCGCUUCGAGGCAAGCAACACUAAAGCAUGCUUGAGAGCAUCAGCUGUUCCGGAUGACUGUGAUCACGCUCUCCGUAGCCGAUGUGAGUAAGACUUUUAAGCAGGUCAACAUUCACAAGGCCGCAAGGCCAGACGGAUUUCCAGGAUGUGUACUCCGAGCAUGCACUGAUAACCUGCCUAAAUGACUACCGAACCGUAGCACUCACGUCUGUAGCCAUGAAGUGCUUUGAAAGGUUGGUCAUGGCUUACAUCAACACCAUUAUCACAGAAACCCUAGACCCACUCCAAUUUGCAUACCGCCCCAACAGAUCCACAGAUGAUGCAUCUCUAUUGCACUCCACACUGCCCUUCCCACCUGGACAAGAGGAAGACCUACGUGAGAAUGCUAUUCAUUGACAACAGCUCAGCGUUCAACACCAUAGUGCCCUCAAAGCUCAUCACUAAGCUAAGGACGCUGGGACUAAACACCUCCCUCUGCAACUGGAUCCUGGACUUCCUGAUGGGUAGGUAACAACACAUCUGCCACGCUGAUCCUCAACACGGGGGCCCCUCAGGGGUGCGUGCUCAGUCCCCUCCUGUACUCCCUGUUCACCCAUGACUGCAUGGCCAGGCACGACUCCAACACAAUCAUUAAGUUUGCCGACGACACAACAGUGGUAGGCCUGAUCACUGACAACGAUGAGACAGCCUAUAGGGAGGAGGUCAGAGACCUGGCCGUGUGGUGCCAGGAUAACAACCUCUCCCUCAACGUGAUCAAGACAAAGUAGAGAAUUGUGGACUACAGGAAAAAAAAGAGGACUGAGCACGCCCCAAUUCUCAUCGACAGGGCUGUAGUGGAACAGGUUGAGAGCUUCAAGUUCCUUGGUGUCCACAUCACCAACAAACUAUCAUGGUCCAAACACACCUAGACAGUCUUGAAGAGGGUACGACAAAGCCUAUUCCCCACGGGUCCUCAGAUCCUCAAAGUUCUACAGCUCCACCAUCGAGAGCAUCCUGACUGGUUGCAUCACCGCCUGGUAUGGCAACUGCUCGGCCUCCGACUGCAAGGCACUACAGAGGGUAGUGCGUACGGCCCUGUACAUCACUGGGGCCAAGCUUCCUGCCUUCCAGGACCUCUAUACCAGGUGGUGUCAGAAGAAGGCCUUAAAAAUUGUCAAAGACUCCAGCCACCCUAGUCAUAGACUGUUCUCUCUGCUACCAAAUGGCAAGCGGUACCGGAGCCCUAAGUCUAGGUCCAAAAGGCUUCUUAACAGCUUCUACCCCCAAGCCAUAAGACUCCUGAACAGCUAAUCAUGGCUACCCAGACUAUUUGCAUUGCCACCCCACCCCCUCUUUUACGCUGCUGCUACUCUGUUUAUUAUCUAGGUAUAGUCACAUUAGCUCUACCCACAUGUACAUAUUACCUCAAUUACCUCGACUAACCGGUGCCCCCGCACAUUGACUCUGUACCGGUACCCCCUGUAUAUAGCCUCCCUACUGUUAUUUUAUUUUACUGUUGCUCUUUAAUUAUUUGCUAUUUUAAUUUUUUACUUAUCUAUUUUUUACUUAACACUUUUUUAUUUUCUUAAAACUGCAUUGUUGGUUAAGGGCUUGUAAGUAAGCAUUUCACUGUAAGGUCUACACCUGUUGUGUUCAGCGCAUGUGGCAAAUACAAUUUGAUUUCAUUUGAGAUAUGCAUCUGUUGGUCACAGAUAACUUUACAAAAAUAAUAAUAAUAGGGUCAGAAAACCAGUCUGGUGUGACCAACAUUUGCCUCAUGCACCGCGACACAUCUCCUUUGCAUAGAGUUUAUCAGGCUGUUGAUUGUAGCCUUUGGAAUGUUGUCCCACUCCUCUUCAAUGGCUGUGCGAAGUUGCUAGAUAUUGGCUGGAACUGGAACACACUGUCGUACACGUCGAUCCAGAGCAUCCCAAACCUGCUCAAUGGGUGACAUGUCUGGUGAGUAUGCAGGCCUUGGACGAACUGGGACAUUUUCAGCUUCCAGGAAUUGUGUACAGAUCCUUGCGACAUGGGGCCGUGCAUUAUCAUGCUGAAACAUGAGGUGAUAGCAGCGGAAGAAUGGCACGACAAUGGUCCUCAGGAUCUCGUCACGGUAUAUCUGUGCAUUCAAAUUGCCAUUGAUAAAAUGCAAAUGUUUUCGUUGUCCAUAGCUUAUGCCUGCCCAUACCAUAACCGCACCGCCACCAUGGGGCACUCUGUUCACAACAUUGACAUCAGCGAACCACUCGCCCACAUGACGCCAUACACGCUAUGCUGUCUGCAAUCUGCCCGGUACAGUUGAAACCGGGAUUCAUCCAUGAAGAACACACUUCUCCAAUGUGCACUUUCCCACUGAAGUCGGUUAUGACGCCAAACUGCAGUCAGGUCAAGACGCAGAUGAGCUUCCCUGAGACUGUUUCUGACAGUUUGUGCAGAAAUUAUUCGGUUGUGCAAACCCACAUUUUCUUCAGCUGUCCGGGUGGCUGGUCCGGAUGUGGAGCUCCUGGGCUGGCGUGGUUAGACGUGGUUUGCAAUGUGAGGCCGGUUGGACAUACUGCCAAAUUCUCUAAAACGACGUUGGAGGCAGCUUAUGGUAGAAAAAUGUACAUUACAUUCUCUGGCAACAGCUCCCGUGGACAUUCCUGCAGUCAGCAUACUGAUUGCACACUCCCUCAACUUUUUAGAGUAGCCUUUUAUUGUCCCCAGCACAAGGUGCACCUGUGUAAUGAUCAUGCUGUUUUAUCAGCUUCUUGAUAUGCCACACCUGUCAGGUGGAUGGAUUAUCUUGGUAAAGGAGAAAUGCACGUUAUUAUUGAUGUAAACACAUUUGUGCAUAUUUUAGAGAAAUACGCUUUUUGUGCAUAUGGAAAAUUUCUGGGUGUCACGAUCUUCGUAAGCAACGGACCAAGGCGCAGCGUGAUAUGCGUACAUCUUUUAAUGAGUACUUUAAACAACAAUUUACAAAAAAAAAAAAAAAAAAAAAUAUGUGAAGUCCUAAGGUUAACAAACACAAACCUCUCCGGAACAAGAUCCCACAAAUGACAAGUGCAAAACAGGCUGCCUAAGUAUGGUUCCCAAUCAGAGACAACAAGCCACAGCUGCCUCUGAUUGGGAACCACCCCGGCCAACUUAGAAACACAUAAACUAGAACAUAAACAUAGAACACUAAACAUAGAAACUAACACCCUGGCUCAACAUAUAAGAGUCCCCAGAGCCAGGGCGUGACAGUACCCCCCCCACCCCCCCAAAGGCGCGGACUGCGACCACGCCAACUAAAUCCAACAGGGGAGGGGCCGGGUGGGCAUUCCGCCUCGGAGGCGGAUCCGGCUCCGGGCGUGACCACCACUCUCUCGCUACCCCCCCCCCCCGUAGCACCCCUGGUCUGGUCCCGCUGGCUGGAGCUGGACUGGACAUCGGUGGAGCGGAUUGCUUAGGCUCCGGUGUGGAGCAGCUGACCGGUACCUGACCAGGCACCGGUGGAACAGGCACGGGCUGUGCCGGACUGACGACGCGCACCACUGGCUUGGUGUGAGGGGCAGGAACAGGCCGGGCCGUACUGGGAACACGCACCACUAACUUAGUGCGGGGAGCAGGAACGGGCCAGGCUGGACUGGGAACACGCACCACUAACUUAGUGCGGGGAGCAGGGAACGGGUUGGGCCGUACUGGGAACACGCACCACUAACUUAGUGCGGGGAGCAGGAACGGGUUGGGCCGUACUGGGAACACGCACCCCUAACUUAGUGCGGGGAGCAGGAACGGGUUGGGCCGUAUUGGGAACACGCACCACUAACUUAGUGCGGGGAGCAGGAACGGGUUGGCCGUACUGGGAACACGCACCACUAACUUAGUGCGGGGAGCAGGAAACGGGUUGGGCCGUACUGGGAACACGCACCACUAACUUAGUGCGGGGAGCAGGAACGGGUUGGGCCGUACUGGGAACACGCACCCCUAACUUAGUGCGGGGAGCAGGAACGGGUUGGGCCGUAUUGGGAACACGCACCACUAACUUAGUGCGGGGAGCAGGAACGGGUUGGCCGUACUGGGAACACGCACCACUAACUUAGUGCGGGGAUCAGGAACGGGCCGGACCGUACUGGGAACACACACCACUGGCCUUGUGCGGGAAGCAGGAACGGGUUGGGCCGUACUGGGAACACGCACCACUAACUUAGUGCGGGGAGCAGGAACGGGUUGGGCCAUACUGGGAACACGCACCACUAACUUAGUGCGGGGAGCAGGAACGGGUUGGGCCGUAUUGGGAACACGCACCACUAACUUAGUGCGGGGAGCAGGAACGGGUUGGGCCGUACUGGGAACACGCACCACUAACUUAGUGCGGGGAUCAGGAACAGGCCGGACCGUACUGGGAACACACACCACUGGCCUUGUGCGGGAAGCAGGAACGGGUCGGGCCGUACUGGGAACACGCACCACUAACUUAGUGCGUGAAUCAGGAACGGGCCGGACCGGACUGGAGACACACACCACUUGCUUGGUGCGAGGAGCGGGACUGGGUUUCCUCAUAAACCUCCGCUCCCUCUGCUGCCUAACCAGUUCCUCUCGCCGUGCCUCUACACUCUCCUUCUCCCUUAUCGCCUCCAGUAGUUCCUCCCUCUGACCAACUAACUCCUGCUCUCUCAUGACCAAUAGCCCCCGUAACCUGGUGGCCUCCUCUCCUAUUCUGCAGAUUCGCCCUGUAGCUGCCUCCUGCUGCCCCGUCGUCCAAGCCGUGUGCCCUCCCCAAAAAAUGUAUUGGGGUUGCCUCUUGCGUGUCCGACGUCGGCACGGUUGGCGCCGCUGCUCCUCUCUAUGGCGCGCCUCCACAGUCUCCUCCCACGGACGGCGAUCCAUUCCGGCCUGGAUUUCCUCCCAAGUCCAGGAUCCCUUCCCGUCCAGGAUCUCCUCCCAAGUCCAGGCUGUCUGCUCCUGGACACGCUGCUUGGUCCUUAAUUGGUGGGAUCUUCUGUCAGAUCGUCGUAAGCAACGGACCAAGGCGCAGCGUGAUAUGCGUACAUCUUUUAAUGAGUACUUUAAACAACAAUUUACAACAAAAAAAAAAAUACGAUAUGUGAGGUCCUAAGGUUAACAAACACAAACCUCUCCGGAACAAGAUCCCACAAAUGACAAGUGCAAAACAGGCUGCCUAAGUAUGGUUCCCAAUCAGAGACAACAAGCCACAGCUGCCUCUGAUUGGGAACCACCCCGGCCAACACAUAAACUAGAACAUAAACAUAGAACACUAAACAUAGAAACUAACACCCUGGCUCAACAUAUAAGAGUCCCCAGACACUGGGAUCUUUUAUUUCAGCUCAUAAAACAUGGGACCAGCACUUCAUGUUGUGUUUUAUAUUUUUGUUCAGUAUACAUGAAUUUCCAUUUCAGUGGAUAUAAUUGCCAUUGAUGUUCCUGGGUAUUAUUCAUGUUUUAUGAUGUAUAUUAUUAUUGUUGGAUAUGGACUUGAGCCCAUUUUAACCUCUUUGUAAUUGUAUAAUUAGCCUAGUGUUAUCGGUUAGAUGGAAUGCUCUAUGUGCAUUGUAUUUGGGUAGAGGGAAUGUAUAAAGGGGGCCUGUCUCUGAGGGCAAGAAUGAUUCAAUAAGGGUUGAAUAGUAGCCAUGUAUCUGGAGUUAGAGCUGGUAGAUUGUAAUUACUAUUUUAUGACUGUUUUAUAUCUUUACUGUUUUAUACCAUUAUAUACUCCUAAUAUAAAUGAGAUUUUAUAUAUUCUUAGCGAUUGUUCAUCCUAGACACAAAAGGAGGGUCUAGUCGGGAAGGGGGGCCUAGUCGGGAAGGGGGGCCUAGUCGGGAAGGGGGGCCUAGUCGGAUGUUAUAAAUACAGGUGCUUGAGAAUUUGUAUGGUGUUCUUGCAGCUGCAAAACCGAGUGUGGUGAAUAUAUCUACCCUGAGCUUUCUUUGGUAUUCGUCUGGAUUAUUGAACCAGAACUUAGAACCUAACAUUAUGUAUUAACUUAUAUUAAUGUACAUACCAUUUAGCAGACAAUUUCAUCUAAAGCGACUUACAGUAGUGCGUGCAUACAUUUGGUAUGGUUGCAUACAUUUUGUAUGGGUUGCCCCAGUGGGAAUCGAACCCAGAACUCUGGUGUUACAACCGCUAUGCUCUACUGUGCCACACAGGACCAAAUCUACUGUAUAUAUAAUGUAUCCCAUCUAAACGAGUGACAUCAAUACGUCCUGUAAAUGAUUUUGUCUUAAAAUGGCUGCCGUACAGUAGUAACACUCGGCUGUCCUCUCUCUGUCCCAGGGAGCACCCGUUUUUUCUGAUCUUCAUGCAGAUUGCCGUCAUCUCCAUCUUCAAGUCCUACCCCACCGUGGGCGACAUCGCCCUCUACAUGGCCUUCCUGCCCGCCUGGAACCACCUAUACAGAUGCGAGUGGUUCCUUCCAUAGAGAUAGAUAGAGGACUUAGCUUUGUAUCUGUGCCAUUAUAGUGUCUGUGACAGCAUGGGCAGCGCCAUUGAGGCUAUCUGCAUUUUAAAGUAGUCCAUUUUCUUCUUCACGAUUGGUUGAUCCCUCCUGAUGACAUGGUUGGACAUGAUUCCAACAGUCACCAGGAGGGAUCAGUCAAUGAAGUUGAAGUCCCACCCAGUUGACUACAUUAAAAUGGUGGACGCCCUCAAUGGCGCUGCCCAUGCUAAUAUGGCCUUUGGCCACUAUCAUUCUCUAUUGUUCCUUCCCAUGACCCUGGGGUUGUGUUCAAUAGGGCACACCGUAGUAAACAGUUUUGCAAUAGAAGACGAACACAAGCAUGUCUUAUUGGACUAGUUUAGCUGGUACCUCCCCUUUUCACUUUUCAAAGCGCUUUCUUCCAUUUUGCGCCUACUGAUUAUUAUUUUAUUUUUUUUCAUUUUAGCAGACGCUCUUAUCCAGAGCGACUUACAGUUAGUGAGUGCAUACAUUAUUUUAUUUUAUUUUUCAUACUGGCCCCCCGUGGGAAUCGAACCCACAACCCUGGCGUUGCAAACGCCAUGCUCUACCAACUGAGCUACAUCCCUGCCGGCCAUUCCCUCCCCUACCCUGGACGACACUGGGCCAAUUGUGCGCCGCCCCAUGGGUCUCCCGGUCGCGGCCGGCUACGACAGAGCCUGGAUUCGAACCAGGAUCUCUAGUGGCACUCGGAGGUGGUCUCAAGGAGAGGUUUUGGAAACAUGUUAAUGAGAUGCACAACAGAUGGCGUUGGACAUGGAGUGUGUGCUCCUUAACAUCGUGAGUCCCUAAUAAUGUAGUGCAGUAAUCCUCAAAUCCGCAGUACUGCAGGUUUUGUCCCAGCUGAGCAGUGGAACACCUGAUUCAUCUAAUCAAGGUGUUGACGAUCAGUUUAAUUUGGUACUACGCCACUACGGCAGUUUCCUCUUAACACACCCAAGUACAGAGAAGGUUCUACGCUUGGCCCCGACCCCUUUCAUUGUUUGCUGAUGUAGAGGAACUGGAUUGCAAGCAAUGUUCCCUCUAAGCUGUGCGUGUGAGCGCAGUAACCGGAGACUGCCACGCAGCUCCCCCGGGACUGCCACGCCGAGCGCAGAAGAAAUAUCAGCCCACAGAGAGAAGCGCGAGAUUGAACUUCACUCAACUUUCUGGAGUUUUCUCAGUUAGUUUGUUUCUCUGUUAGUUAGUUAGUUAUCAACGUUACUGUGGCAAUUGUGAUCGAAUCAAAGCAAUAUUAGCCACUUUCAAUGCCACAUACCGAAACAAAGCGAACUAUGCAAGAGAUUUUGUUGUAGGUAGAACGCAUCGGAGUAUGAUUCUAUUGGGCACGUAGUAGGCCUAUAUGCAAAUUGACCAUUGCCAUAUGUGGAUCUGUGCUGUUUACUUUGAACUGGACUGUUUACAGCUGUGGUUGUGAGUAGAUGCGCUUGUUUUGAGAUCAAAGCGAGAGCUGCAUGUAGCCACGUGUGCACAUUUUGUUCAUAUCCUUUUCUAAUUAGUGAGUUAUUAUCCCAGUUAUAGAUCAUUUGUAGUCAGCAAUAGGGGAGUGAUUGCUUCCUACAAGAGCACAAAACGUGCACAUUUCUAGACAUCUUUGAAAAGCGAGUCAGGUAAAGAGCUUUUUUUGUCUUAAAGUGGCAGUGUUGUAUUUUGAGACAGGCUUGAAUAAGCUAAGUAGCCAAUAGGCCGAGGGUUGCAUCAUUUGUCUGAUUCUCUGUAAUAGUUGUCUGGGAAUAAUAAUGCAUUUUAUUUUGUAAAGUGGUUUCUUGUAUCAAACAACAAACCUCCUUGUCUGAAAAAUAAGUGGAUAAACAGGUUAAUGUCAAGCCCUGCAUGUUUUUUUCAAAAGUCUCAUGGAAUGUAAUAAUAUAAUAAUAAUAAUAUGCCAUUUAGCAGACGCUUUUAUCCAAAGCGACUUACAGUCAUUUGUGCAUACAUUUUUACGUAUGGGUGGUCCCGGGGAUCGAACCCACUACCUUGGCGUUACAAGCGCCAUGCUCUACCAAUUGAGCUACAGAGGACCACAAGAUCAAAGGGGAUAAGGUGAGGAGGCAAGGAAAGGAGAUGAAACUUCUCUAGACUAUUGAGAUACAGUGGUCGGGUAUGGGAGGAAGUGAAGCGUGAGGGUGCGUCUCACUCCUCAUCAGCGUUCUUCAGCAUGAGUAUGGCGUUGUAUAUCUUGAGGGCGGGGCCUAGUUUGAUUGACAGGAUCUUGACUAUGUCUGCUUGGGUGAGAAGCAGGAAGGCCUCUCCGUCUAUUUGCUCUGUCCUGAAGGUGGCAGCGUGCUCUUUGCAGCCCGGGAGCCCUUUGACAAAACUGGCCACCUCGUCAGCGGUCCAGGUUGCAACUCUCUUAGCAGUGAGGCCCGGGACCUCAGGGAGCAGCUGGCAGUGUUUGUCCCAGCACAGAGCCACCCUGUGAGGGGGAGAGGAGGAGCCACCUGGGGAGAACACUGACUCAUGGAGUGCCUGCUGGAGAGACAGGGGGUCUUUCCCAUCUCCACUCUCCUGCUUGACGAAGUGCAGCUUCAGAUACUUUGGGAAUGGAGCAGACCUGCUCUUGACCUUGGCUCCGUCGUGGCUGGGCUCGGUUGAGCCCCCUGGUGGCUCACUCUGACUGCUGCACCCGGAUCGUUCGCCCUCGACAACCGUUGGCCCCCUAGUAACACUGGUCUGAGGGGAGUGGUAGUCCCCUGUAGCUCAGUUGGUAGAUCAUGGCGCUUGCAACGGCAGGGUUGUGGGUUUGUUUCCCACGGGGGGCCAGUAUGAAAAUGUAUGCACUCACUAACUGUAAGUCGCUCUGGAUAAGAGCAUCUGUUAAAAUAAAAUAAAAAAACACACAUUUGCUGCUACUGUAGGCUAAAUGAUAGAACCGCUAUUUCCAUGUUAAAAUGUUAUGGGAUGCAUUUUCUCCAUUGUUUUUGAUGGUAGGCCACUCUGGUAGGCCUAUGUUAUGGUCAAAUAGCCACUGUAGCCUACUUGGCCAUUGUUAAAACUGUAACUUAAAGUGGGUACAGCCUCAGUGUUCACAGUAAAUGUGCACUGGAAGUUGCUUGGGCUCAGCAGACCUGACAUUUCGUUAUUGAUGGAAGAAAUAGAGGAAACAUUGAUUGCAAGCUAGCCAUUGUAGCUUACACCCAUCUGGUUCUUACAGUGGUCUAGGACAGUGUUUCCCAAUCAUGGCCAUUUUGUCACAGUGACUCACUACCCAAAUCAGACGCAACUGGUUUAAAGUGGCCAAGAGACGUCAUGUGAUCUCCUGCUGCUAUCUAGUGGACAAACUGGGAAUCAGACGGGAUAUAUUUACAUCAGUGGAUAGAUAGGCAAGUCUUUUUUUAUAUAAAAAAUAAUAAUAAUGGGGGGGGGGGGGUCUAGGUGAAGAGGAUUAUUUAAGAUACUGUUUGAAGAGGUAAGGCUUCAGAUGUUUUCGGAAGAUGGGCAGGGACUCUGCUGUCCUAGCUUCAGGAGGAAGCUGGUUCCACCAUUGGGGUGCCAGGACAGAGAAGAGCUUGGACUGGGCUGAGCAGGAGCUGCCCUCCCGUAGGGGUGGGAGGGCCAAGAGACCUGAGGUGGCAGUGCUUGGGUUGGGGUGUACGGUUUGAGCAUAGCCUGAAGGUAGGGAGGGGCAGUUCCUCUUGCUGUUCCGUAGGUAAGCACCAUGGUCUUGUAGUGGAUGCGAGCUUCGACUGGAAGCCAGUGGAGUGUGCGGAGGAGCGGGGUGACAUGAGAGAACUUGGGAAGGUUGAAAACCAGGUGGAUUGCUGUGUUCUGGAUAAGUUGCAGGGGUUCGAUUGCACAAGCAGGGAGCCCAGCCAACAGUGAGUUGCAGUAGUCCAGACGGGAGAGGACAAGUGCCUGGACUAUUAGGAAGGUGUUCUUAACGUUUUGUACACUCAGUGUAUAUUUUCUAUUUAUUUCACGUCUUUAUUUCCCUUUUGUCUUCCAGUCUUGAGAAAUAUAUUUCUGGUGUCAGUUGUGUUGUUGGCUUGCUCUGCCCUGUUCCCCGUCCUCUGGCACCUCUGGAUCUACGCUGGCAGCGCCAACUCCAACUUCUACUACGCCAUCACGCUGCUCUUCAACGUGGCACAGGUGAGUGGGCUGGCAUAGGCUGCACAGCUGGGUAAGCUAGCAUGGGGACCGGCAUCUUCAGUGUCAUUUCCAGCUAAUCCUAGGGCAUUGAUCAUUGACUAGAUUCAGCCGCCGGCCGAUUUCUUUUUCUUGAGCGGAUGGUUGGGGGGCAGGAUCAUAAUUACAAAUAAUUUAUAGACUGAAAAUUGACCGCAAGAAGCCCAAACAGAUAUAAUGUUUGACUAAAACAUAAUCAUUACAUUUGUAUGCGAUCACGUGUCUCUCUAUUAUGUGUGGGAAUAGUUGGAAACAGAUUUCUUAAAUUAAAAUCACUUGGAGCUUAUUUCCUGGUGUUUUUUAAGUAUUUUAUGUCCAACAAUAAAAACAAUUUAGUUUUUUCUCAGAAAACUUUGGGGGCCAAAUAAAACCACCCAUGGGCCAAAUUCAAUGCACGGGCUGCCAGUUGGGGAACCCUGUCCUAGGGUAUGGCAAGGUCUUUUGCCUUGGGAUUGGAAUGCUAGUUGCACCGUAUUUAACAUUGUUGGUCUUGAGCUAGGGUAUGUUAACUGCCACAGACUGCUAUACCCAAAUGACACCCCUGGGGCAUCUCACCAAGAUCAAUGAUACAGUGAGUCUGGCUACGGACCAGAAGUUGUCAAGUUUGUAUGUAGAAGAGGCUUAUGAUGUCACCUAUAAUGAAUAGUGGAGGCAGUAUAACAGGUAGACUUAUUGGAGGACUUUCCCCAUUGAUAAGCUACCAGAUAAACAUUCUAAAUAAACGGCAGCCAUUUUGCAUUUGAAAUCAUGGUAGUACAGAGCAAGGACUUACAGAGGGGACCGGACGCAGGAAUGUUCAUCCUCGGCCACGUUUUUCAGUAAUUCAUGGUGACCAACACCUGCUCUGGAAAAGAUGACAUAGAAACCAAGGUUUUGGGUUACCUGUCAGAGUAUGACUAUGAUAUCACUGUCCAACACUGUUUAAUGGAGAGGCCGGUAAACUGGGUGUAAGACACUUUGGGAUAAAAUAGCUAAUUUUGGUCCAUUGAGACUUUUCUUCCUUGUCUUCUCAGCUAAGGACGUAAGCAGGAUCAGCAAAGACUGAACAAACACUAUUUUCAAUCUCCGGAGGGGAAAAUGAGGAUAAUGGUGUCUUAGGGGGUCAUUCAUAAUUUGACGGUGUUGUUUUCAACAAAACAAGGCCCUUAUUAGGUUCACACAGUACUCUGGGCACAUAAUAGUAUAAAUUAUAGCUGAUACUGAGGCCCUUUAGCCUAUUAUGUUAGGUUUCUCAGAUGAAGCCUAUUCCUAGACUUCCCAGACUGCUCAAUUAUACACUUGUGCAGAGAGCAGACUAUUUAUAAAAACUGUUCCCGUAAACAAAUGUUGAGUUCGUAGUUCAGUGGUUGUGAAUUAUAUUUAGAUAACCAGUGUGAGAUUGUGGUAAACCUGUCUGUCAGUUUUGAGAUAAACCAUGUGAGAUUAACCUGGUCAGUUUUACUAGCUGACCGCUUUGGCUGACAUAGAUUUCCAAUUUCUCUGAUAGUAUGCAGGUUGACUUUGCCUGAGAUGACAUCAUUUGAAAAGGAAGGAAGGCCUAUCCAUUCCAUACAUGGUUUGGAGAUGCUCCCAGAAUUGUUAUGUAGCAAUGUUUAAAAUGUAAGAUGUAAUAUCUUCUAUAGCUUGUAGCUGUGAAAUCAGCUUGAUGGGAGGACAGUACCUAUAACUAUUGAAAUUCUACUAUUCACAGAUGGAUUUCUGAUAAUGACUUUGUUUCUUCUCAGAUCUUGCUGGUGUCGGACUACUUCUAUGCGUACCUGCGGCGAGAGCACCACCUGACCCAUGGCCUGUACCUGAAGAGGAAAGAUGGCAGCGAGGCCACUCUGGUUCUCAAG